UUGAAGGGUACUGUUGUGAAUCGGACAUGACUCUUUUUUAAAUGGAGGGAUACUUCAAAUAGCGUACAGUCCCUUAAAAGCUCGAAGUUUAAACCACAAAGUACUCAUUUCUUAAAUGGCUAUUUUUUGAUUAUUUUAAAUUUUGUUUAAUUCUGAUUUUAACAUUUGGCAAUAAUGUAAUACAAUCUUCGUCAAUUUGAUGAAUCCGACUUGUCAUUUUUAAUUUAAAUGUAUAAUUUUUUAUUAAUGAUAUUAGAUCUAAAGGGCCAUAAAAGAUCUUCCUUUUUAAAGUCUUCUGAAAAAAUAGGGUAGCCCCUAUUAUUGUUCCUAUUUUCUUAGUAUUUAGUCAGUUUUAGUUUCCAGUUACUAAUCAGUACACACUACACAGUACACACUAAACUAGUUCUAGUUAUUAAUAAGCACACAGGGAACUUGUUUCUAGUUUACUUAUUAGUACACACUGAACUAGUUCCUAGUUACUUAACAGUACACACUGAACUAGUUCCUAGUUACUUAACAGUACACACUGCGCUAGUUCCUACUUACUUAACCGUACACACUGAGCUAGUUCCUAGUUACUUAACAGUACACACUGAUUCCUAGUUACUUAACAGUACACACUGAGCUAGUUCUUAGUUACUUAACAGUACACACUGAUCUAGUUCCUAGUUACUUCACAGUACACACUGAGCUAGUUCCUAGUUACUUAACAGUACACACUAAACUAGUUCCUAGUUACUUAACCGUACACACUGAACUAGACCUAGUUACAUAACAGUUCACGCUGAACUAAAUGUAUAUGGGUCUACUCAGUACCAGCUCUAAUAUAAUCUAAUCAUGAUUUUUUAAAUUAUGUUUAAUUGUUAAGUUUGAUUGGAUUUUCUAUUUUCCUAUAUUUGCAGUCCUAAAUUGUGAUAUUAUAUCAUCUUAGAUAGUUAUAUUUCAGAACUAGGACAUAAAUGCUCCUCGUGGUUUGAGGAGUACAGAGGAAUAUAUUGUGAGGUCCUGGCAUCUUGAGCUAGCGUUACAAUGGCGUUUAACAUGGACUUUGAUGCAGAAUUUAAUGAUGCCGGGGUGGGAAGAAAGGGACCGGUUCUCCUGGACUCCUUGUCUAAAGAAGAACUGAUCGCUAAGUGUAAACAGCUGCUACAACUUGCGCAGAAGGCUAAACAGGCGAAAGACGAUUUGGCGAAGAAAUUUGAAGAGCUUGCGGCGGAGGGAAGGGUUGAGGCGGAGAAGCGGAAGUCGGAGAAGGACAAGGAUGAAGAGAAAAUUAAGAAUUUAGAAUCCAAGAACGAGGAAUUGAUUGCUGGACAGGAUCAGAUCCAGGAUCUGUUGGAAGCUAAACAACGGCAGCUAGAUCGGAUUAGUAAAGAGAAUGAGAGUUUACUCCAACAGAUUGAUGCAUAUAGUGAGGAAGCUAGGCUGGCCGGUCAAUCUAAAGCUAAGGUUGAAACAGACCUGAAAGAAAAUAAAUCCAAGAUGGCCGACCUAGAGAAGAAAGCAGGGAAAGCUUUGGAAUCAGAAGCUGCAUUGAUCUGCGCAAAGGAAACUGAAAAAAAGCAGAAGGAUAAAUUGUUGAAGAUGGAGAAAGAUAUGAAGAAGAAGGACGAAAAAAUAACAGACUUGGAGCAGAAGCUAAAAGCUGAGGAGAAAAAAGCGGCAGAUUUAGUUAAGUUAGAUUUAGAUAAAACUGCAAAGAUAAAGGAACUAAACGAACACCUAGAGUCGUUGAAAACUAAAUGCAAUGAAGAUCAUGAUGUUUCACUUAAAGAAACAGAAAUUAUACAACUUAAAGAUAUGAUUGAAAUUUUAGAGAAGUAUAAAGAAAAUGCCGAAGAUCUUCAAACCAAAAUGCAAGAGGAGACUUCUAGCUUGAGAAAUGAACUUAAAGAACUGGAGUCAGGUAAAGUUGAAACUCUAAAGGAAUUGGAGGAAGCAACAUCUCGUUAUCAGUUCCUCGAGACGGAGAAGAAGGUUUUAGAAUCUACUAAUGAAGGACUUAUCUCCGAACUCAAUCAGUUAAAUGAGGAAGUAAAGAAGAGAGGAGAGAAGAUAGGUAGGCUAGAGCAGAACUUACAAGAACAGCAAAAACAGCAAGAAAGCAAGAAACAGGAAGAGAUAAAACUUCAGGAACAGCAGGACAAGGAGAGACUGGAGAAGGAAGAGGAGAAACAGCAAGAGAAGGAAACUGAACUCCUAGAACAGUUGUUAACAGUAAAGAAUACUUUGAAAAAAACAUAUGCGGACCUUGAUGAAGCACGGAAUGAGAAGGAUAGAUUAUAUGAUCUGAAAUCCAACCUGGAGAAGAAGGUUGAAGAACUUGAGGAAGAGUCUAAGGAUCAAGGAUUAAUGAUUGAAUCACAGAAGAAGGAAAUCUCUAGUCUUGAUUUCGAACUGUCGGAGUGCAGGGAUAGGAUGAGUAAGACUGAGAUAAAUUUGACUGAACUUAAGUUAAAACUUCUGGAGGAGUCGGAAAAAGUUCUGCUAAAUGUUGCUCUUGUUGAAACACUAAGAGAAGAAAUUAGCAAAGGAAAUAUAGAAAUAAAAACUCUAACUGAAUCGCUGAACCAGAUUAAACAGGAAAAGGACGAGACUCAAAAAAUCCUCGAGUUGAAAAAAGAAGAAUUAGCUAAAGCCACAGAAAAUCUAGAAAAGAAUUCUAAAGAAAUGAACGAUCUUAAUGCCAGAAAUGAAGAAAAUGAGAAGAAUAAAGCUCUAGAAGAAAAUAUACGUCGGAAAGAGGAAACCAUCGAAGCAUUGAAGGUGGACUUAGAUAAUAAGGAAGGAAAAAUAUCAUUUCUGCGUAAGGAGAAGGAAAAUCUAGAAAUUAAGAUGAAUUCCUGCAUAGAGCAAUUAAAAACUGAAAAAAAGGAUCUAGAAAUAGAAAUUGAAGAUUUUAAGAAAAAUAAAAUGGAUGGAAGCAAGUCGGAGGAAACCCUUCAGGAUAUGAGCAGAAGGUAUGAUCAGUUGUUAGUGAAAAAUACUGAACUUGCCGAGUUGCACAAGAACUUUAUAGAAGAAGGGAAAGUUUUAGAAAAAGAUUUAAGCGCUCGUCUGACUGAAAUUGCUGCACUGACGACAGAACGAGACAACCUUGCUCAAGAUAUACAAAAUGUGAAGACCGAAAAUGAAUCGUUGAAAAGCGACCAUGAAAAUAUCACGGAAAACUUAAGAACUGAGUUAAAAGAAAUGGAAACCAGAUUAAAAACAGCUCUCCAGGAAUCAGAUUCAGCUAAGGCUAAUUCAAGUGACCUGAGCAAGCAAGCCCAAAUUCAAUCAAAUAAAUGCCAAGAGUUGGAACAAGCUCUGAGUGAGAUGAAAACCAACUUGACACUGAAGUUGGAAGAACUGACUAACAUUACUUCGUUUAAAAACAAUCUUGAGAUUGAAUUAAAAACCAAGACGGAGAACUUGGUUUCCUUGUCCCAGGUUUCCCAAGAUCUCCAGAUGGAACUAGAGAAGAAAACCAAGGAUCUUGACUCCAGGUGCCAGGAACUACUAAAGAAAAAGCAAGAACUGGAGAUUUCUAACAAGAAGUGUUCAGACCUGAGUUGUGAACUGGACAGUGUCCGGAUACAGACUGGAAACAGUAUGAACAGUAGUGCUCAGGAGCUGGAUGAGAGUAGGAGUGAGAUCAUGAGCACCAGCACCGUCAGCAGGGUCGAGGAGUUCUCAAGGAUGAAAGAUGUUGAAGACUCAUUCGAGGAUCGAUAUUCAAAACUCAAGCUGGUCGCCAUUAAACUAAAAAAGAAGGUGAAUGAACAAACCAAGAUUAUUGAAGAAUUAGAACGGAUGAAAUCCAAACCUAAACCUGAGUCUGAACCUACAGGAAUGAAAGAUAAGAUUGCAACCUUGACCAAGAACUUUACUCAGCUCCAGUCUGAAUAUGACCAGGCUGUGGAUAAGAUUGACUACCUGGAGAAGAAAGUGAAAGAUCUGACCAAGGAUCUUGAAACCAUGAUGACGGAAAGCAUGACCAACAAACAAAAUGCAAUGGAAGCAUCACAGAACCUUCUCUCCGCUAAAUCCGAGAUCACUAAAUACUCCGGACUGGUGAGGGAGAAGGAGGUUGAACUAACCUCUCUCAGGGUUACCCUGGACCAGGAGCAGAAGGAGAGAAAGUGUGUAGAGCAGAAAGUAAAAGAAACCGGUUUCCUGGAAAACCAAUUAAAGGAGAAAUCAAACCAGAUAUUCUUGAUGGAGGAAACCCUGUCUACUCUGAAGCUGCAGGUUGGACAGCUGGAGGAAACUCUGGUUCAGGAACAGGAGAGGUCGGAGCGAGGACAGAGUUCUCUAUCCUCCACUAGAGCUCAGCUACAUGAGGUUGAGGUAGAGCUGGUCAAGAAGAGAGGAGAAGCAGAGGAGCUGAGUAAAAAGUUUGAAGAAACUAUGAGAAUGUACGAGGAUACUAGAAACCAACUAGCAACAGUUCUUGCCAGGAAUGACAAGGUUGAGGGACAAGAACGGAGUAAAGUUGGUCAGCUUGAGAGACAAGCUCAAUCUUUAGAGCUCAGAUUACAGAACAAGACAGCUGAAUGUAAGAAUCAGGAGGUUGAACUGGAGAAGGUUAGAAUUGAGUUUGAGAAAUACAAAGUUCGGGCGCAGAGCGUCCUGAAGCAGGCAAAGGAGAAGGGGGAGCAGGAGGUCGUGAGGGGGAACCAGGACGAGAUGAAGACCAUGGAGAAGAUCAACACUGGACUGGAGGAGAGGAUGAGAAGCUUGAUGGUUGAGUUAAAGACGGUGCAGAUGGAGAAGGGAGGGUUACAGGAGGAACAUGAUAGACUGAUGGAGAGACAAUCUCUUCUACUCCAGGAGAUUGCUGGUAAAGAGAAGACCUGGAGAUCCAAGGUUGAGGAGAUGGAGAAGAAGCAGAAGAUGGUUGAGCUGGACUUGGAGAAGGGGGCGGAGAAAGUGUCCCACCAGAUGGAGGAGAUCAAACAGAAAUAUAUGCAGGACCUGGAGAUUGCCAGGGCAUCCUACAGUACUGAGAUCGGUAGAUUGAAGACACAGAUAGAUGUUGCUGAGAACGAGAUUGUUAGACUUGAGUUUGUUCUGCAGAAGGAGCAGGAGGCCAGAAGGUAUGCUGAGGAGGCUGCUGGAGCCCAGCCGCCAAUGGAGAGGUUGGAUAUAUCUCAGAUAGAACGCGAGGCUGCUGAGGGUCAAGAGGUUGAGCCUCCUUUAGGAGGAGGAGGAUCUAUACAAUCUCCUCUACCUCUAGAUCAACUGCUUGCACAGGGAGAUGGUGCAGGUUUCCAAGACCGUGAGACGGUUCGCAGUACAGCUAGUUCUAGGCAGGGAGGGGACCGCGCACCAGGAGUUGACCGACAAAUUGCGCAUCUUUCUGCGCUCCUGGCAGAGAGUGAAGCGCAGAACGGGAGAUUGGAGAAAUUAACAGAGGUAUUGAAGGAAGAGAUCCGAACCUACCAGCGGAGUGAGGAGAGACACAAGCAUAUAGAGAACCUGGAGUACGUGAAGAACGUAAUCUUGAAGUUUCUAACACUAGGCGGAGAAGAGAGGUCUAGGCUAGUUCCUGUCCUCUCAACUAUACUUAAACUAUCAAAGAAGGAGAUUGAUCUUAUUCAACAAGUUGUAAAAGCUGAAGAGGACAGUAGUGGCGGUGGUGGUGGAGGAGGGGGUGAAGGUUGGGGUAGUUAUCUUCAUCUCUGGUCUAGUCCCUAGGUUUACUAACCUAGUUUUAGUAUUCAACGGGACUACAGUCCUGGUUCUGACAUCCAACGGACAUGGUUCAGACGUCCUAAAAGGCUAGAUUCUUGGUUCUUUGCACCCAACUGUCAGUGGUCUGACGGGACUAAAAUCAAGCGUCCCACGGUUUAACGUCCUACAAGCCUACAUUUCUGAAUUAUGACCGUAGCGCCAAAAAUCCUGCUUCUUCUUUAUUUUUGUUUACAUUUUUUCAUGAGGUUGUUGUGUGUUAAUAAUACACAUUUAUCAUUUAUACAUAUUGUACAAGGACUCCUUAAUUGUGCAUUUUCAGUUUGUAAUGUUUUAAAUUUUGUUUCCCUUGUUUCUUUGUGAUUAAACUGUGAUAAAAUAAAUAAAUAUACGUAUCUAUUAAAUUUCAA